UCUCAGCCACACACAAACACACACUCACACACACACUGCCUACCUGCUCUGCAACUCCCACAGCAGUAAUGCUGGACUCCAAAUCUCUGUGCACAGUACACUGAGCAGUGUCUUCUAGCACACACACACACACACACACACACACAUACACACACACGCACACACACACACACACACACAGCUUGUUGAGGGACAUACAGCGGCGGCGUGGUGACAGACCCCAGUGAUCAGGACAUGGACCGGACGCAGGAACAGGUCAGCAUGGAGGAAUCAGAGCUGCUGAAGGAGAGGAUCCAGGCCAUCACAGACAAGAGGAGAGUGCAGGAGGACAUUGCCAAGAAGAGGAGACUAAUCGAGGAGGAGAAGUUACAACUUCAGUACAUAAAGAAGAAGGCUCUGAGGGAGCAGUGGCUGAUGGACGGCCUGAGUCCGCAGACCGGGGAGGAUCUGGAGGCGCAGCGGCUGCAGGCCCAGGGGGAGCAGGAGCAGACCGUCCAGCUGCAGAGCAACAUCGACAGAAUAGAGAAGGAGAUCGAAGACCUGGAAACCCACGAGCUGAACAUCUCCGCCAAUGAAGAAGUGAUCCUGAAGCGCUUGAAAGAGGUUGAGAGGACAGCCGAGGACAUCAUAAAGGAGCUAAACGCAGGGUUCAAUGAAGUUUCAGGUCUCAUCCCUCCAACUCCGGUGACUCUGUCUGAUCCGCUGCCUGCCGUCUCACCACCUCCAAGAACCCGAACCCCACAAAGAGAGGUUGACGAUGGGGAAUCCAAGAGAGCUACCUUUGCGAUGGAGAUCAGCGUGGAACACGAUCCCCGGACCGGAGAGAGUCACGUGGUUGCCAUGUCAACCAUCACCCCAGACGACGCCCAGGAGAAAGGAGUCAAGGUGUACGACGACGGCCGGAAGUCUGUGUACGCGCUAAACCACGCCCACCAAAAGAGUGAGACGGAAGGACCCGAGGAAAUGACCCAGUCAGAGGUAGACGAACUUCUCAGCCAGGCCAUGGACAAAGAGGUGCCCAGCGAAGUUCAAUACCACCAGCCUGUAUACUCUAAGUCUACAUCCAACCAAAGUAACAGUAGGCCAUCCACACCCAGGACCCCCAGCAAAACACCCCGGCAGACCCCCACCCCCACCGCCCGCAGCCCGUCCACCUGCCUGGCCCAGGAUGGAGCUCAGAGUCUUGUAGAAGGUGGCCUCGACCGAUAUCAUGUUGGUUCAAAGGGCCCAUGCAGCCCCGUCCCUUCACAGCUUCCAAGGGAAGGAGCCCGGAGCUGUGAGGAGAUCGCUCAGCAGUGCUCGUCUUACAUUCCAAACCAGGCCCAGGCCCAAGACUCACAGCCUCGGUCCCACAAACCAAAGCUCCCCAGCGGCCAGGCUGGCUCCCCUGUUCCCAAUGCAGUGACACUGGUUUCAGUGACCGCCCGGUCCGAGGGGGUCCCCAUUCAACCGGUCUACAGGGGCGACGACAGGUCCGGUCCUCACACACAGUCCGGUCUUCAUACUCCGGAUGCAGUGACGGACCACAGGGGGUCACCCUGCUAUCAGGAGAGCGAGGCUUCGCUGAACGACUUCACCGAAAUCACGGAGGACUUUGAGGAAGAGCCGGUCACCAUGAUCUUCAUGGGCUUCAAGAACGCCGAAGAGGCGAAGGACGAGGAAGAGGACUUCCAGGCUGAGCUGGUGAUGAUCUGCAACAGUGACGAAGAAGAAGACGACGAGGAUCAAGGCUUCAAGAGGGACCAGGAGGAGGACCGGAGUGGGAGUCUUUCCUAUCAUCCGCAGGGAUACAGCAGCAAGGUCUUCUGUCCUCGAGUCGGUGUGGCCAAAGUGUCGGGUGAUUUGGCGCUGAAUGAGGGCAUCUGCACAAACUGUGAAGACAUACUUCCACUCAAGCCGACCUUCAUCCACAAGCCUGGCAAGAAUGGCUCCUGCCUGGACAGACAGCAACAACCUACGUCCACCUGGAAGAGAUGAUGGGCAUUUUUUUAACUUUUUUUUUUUUUUUUGUUCUAUACUUCAUCUUAUCCUUCUUUAUCUAUUCUAAGUGCCUUAAUACCUACAGAGACCUUCUUGUCAACCAAUAUAACAACCAUUUACCCGAGAGUGCCUUUGUUUUUAUUUGGUUCAGUUCAACUACUUUCUCAGAGACAGCUUGGUUUCGCUGCCAUCUACUGGUGUUAUUAAGUAAUGCCGUUUUGAUUGAAACUGUAAUUAUGACCGCUAACUGUAAAACCCAACUAAUAUAUUUAAUAAAAAUAUACAUUAUUUCAUCAAAUAUGGUGCAUCAAAGUUUAUAUUUCACUACUUAUACUUUAAAUACGAUUCAUGAACUAAAAGUGUUGUGUUUUUUUUGUGUUUGUGUGUUCGUGUGUCUGCGCAUAUGCACAUUAUCAGAGGAAUUUAAGGUUUCAUGU